AAGCCGGUUCCCUGUCGAUAGGAAGUUGUCGUUUGAAAUCCGUGACAAUGGAGUUUCCAGGAGGGAAUGAUCACUAUCUCGCCAUCAGUGGAGCUGUAGACCCCUUCCUCUCGUCAGCAGAGACCUUCCACACCCCGAGCCUGGGGGAUGAGGAAUUCGAGAUCCCCCCAAUCUCGCUGGACCCCGACCCCUCCUUGGCGGUCUCCGAUGUUGGGGGGCACUUCGACGAGCUGCAGGACCCUACCCUGACAGCAGGGGGCAGCGCUGGGGCUGACCCUGUGCGGUACAGCACCCCCUUCACCUCCCAGGGGCUUGAGCACCUCAACAUCGGGGGCAGUGGCGGGGAGCUGAUUGGGGCCACGCUCAAUAUGGACUUGUCUCACUCGCUGGGCUCCCAGUACGCCUCCAGUUCUUCCAUGACCAUCAACGUGCCUCUGUCAGACCUCAACCACCACGGACUGAUGGGCCAUAGGCACCUGACCACCAUCGACCAAUCGGAGCUGACCUCGCAGCUGGGCCUGAGCCUGGGGGGAGGGACCACCGUGCCCCGCCCACAGUCCCCGCAAGAGCCGCUGUCGGACACACCCUCCCCCUCCAGCUCCCUGCUCGAGGAGGAGGCUGAGGAGUUCAAGAGGCUAUCUGAGAAGCGUAUCGUAGUGGAGUCCCCUGUCACCGUGUCCCCUGGGCUGCUGGGAGCGAGUGUGGGGGUAGGGGGCAGUGUGGUGGUCCGCAAGGCCAAGCCCCCUAAGAAGACAACGACGAAGAAGAAGAAGGAUCCGAACGAGCCCCAGAAGCCUGUUUCGGCCUACGCGCUGUUCUUCAGGGACACGCAGGCCGCCAUCAAGGGGCAGAACCCCAGCGCCACCUUCGGGGAGGUCAGCAAGAUCGUGGCCUCCAUGUGGGACAGCCUGGGAGAGGAGCAGAAACAGGUUUACAAAAGGAAGACUGAGGCUGCCAAGAAGGAGUACCUGAAAGCACUCGCAGCCUACCGGGCCAGCCAGGUCUCUCAGACCGUGAUGGAAGUCAUGGUUACAGAGCCUCCCUCAACCCUCCCCCCCCUCCCACUCCCCCAGGGCCCCCAAAACCACCCACUGACACACUCCCUCCCCCAGCGCCACACCAUAACCAACAUCUGCACCUCCAACAUAAUCCUGAACCACCCGCAGGUCAUCACCCGGUCCAGAACGGGGGCUACUGCGCCCCCGUUCCCCCCCCUCUCCUCCCAGAGCCUCCCCAGCCAGCACACUCACACCGUCACCAAGAUCAUCAUCUCCAAACAGAUGCUGGCGUCCUCCGGCUCACACCACCAGCAAAUCCCAACCUCUGUGGUAACAGUCAUCCCCGCCUCUAGGGGGCUCCAAAUCCAGCAGGCUGCCUCCCCCACCUCUAACCCGCGCCCUUUUCUCAGUCAACCCCCUCCUCUCCAGCAAAUGCAGCAGCUCCCACCCCCCCGCCUGCAGCAGAUGGUGCAUACCUCCCAGCAGCUGCCCCCGCCCCUUUUGCAGGCCAAACCCAGGGGGGUGGGGCUGACCGUCACCACAGCUCAGCCCCCUCGUCUGCAGAUCAAGAUACUCCCCGCCCCUGCUCCGGUCUCCUCCUCCCCUCUGCACAUUCAGGCUCAGCCUGCUGCUGCUGUGGUCCCGAGCCCGACCACUCUUCCAAUCCUUGUCAGCCCCUGUCCUCCCCCUCCCACUCUCAUAGUUGGUGCGGUCUCUGCUUCCACCGCUUCGUCCUCCCCUGCUGCCUGUUUGGAAGUGGCGCAGUCUGUUGCUGGUCCCCUGGUUUCUGCUGCUGCUACCUCCUCUCCUUCACCCCCGCCUGGGGCUCGAGUGCAGGAGGAGGCUGAGGACUUCAAUGCUGGAGAGAUGGAGGUGGAGCUGGUGAGUGGCUCGCCCCCCCCUCCCAGUCGCUGUGUGCGUGCUGGCUGCACCAACACCCCCGUGGAGAGCCAGGGCUGGGACCACGAGUACUGCAGCAACCAGUGUGUGGCUGACCACUGCAGGGAUAUCUUCAUGGCUUGGUGUUCGAUCCGAGGACACAACAUGGCGGCAACUGUGAAAUAAACACACACUGGACUGAGGAGCAGAGACAACAAGAUACUGAAACACACAGGACUGGAGCAGAGACAACAAGAUACAGAAACACACAGGACUGAGGAGCAGAGACAACAAGCUAC